AUGGAGACCCAAGACGAUCCACAGAAAGCUGUAGAGCGCCCCCCCUGCUCCAGACUCUGCAUUAAGAACCUGCCCAAGUAUGUCGACGAGGCUCGACUGAAAGAGCACUUUUCGGCCAAGGGCGAGGUAACAGACGCCAAAAUCGUUCGUACAAGGGAUGGAAAGUCUCGAUGCUUUGGGUUCAUUGGCUACCGCUUGUUGGACGAUGCCGUGGCAGCCUUCAAGUACUUUAGCAGAAGCUACAUGGACACCUUUCAGCUGGAGAUCGAGUAUGCUCAGCAGUACGGCCGGGCUGCGACGGAGCACCGCCCCUGGAGCAAGCACACGCCGGGCUCGAGCGCGCAUGACAAGGCUCAGGCCGCAAAGCCUGAUGUGGAGCCUGCGCCUCUGAAGGCACGGGAGGCCAUCAAGGCGGCCAAGACGAAGGCGGCUGCCGGGAAGAAAGCUCCCGAAGAGGCCGACCCAAAGCUGGCUGAGUUCCUGGAGCUGAUGGCGCCCCGGAGCAAGAAAGCCACCUGGUCCAACGACGACGCUGUCGCGGCAGCGGCUGGGUCUGCCAGUGCAGCUGCUGUCCAACAGGCCGUGCAAGGAUCAGACGACGAGGAGUAUGAGGACCUGGAAGCUGAGAAAGACCGGCUGGUUGUGGACGCGACCGUGUCCCAUCUUGACUACCUCAAGGCCCGGCGAAAGGCUGCGUUCAGUGAUGACGAGGACGAGGGAGAGGAGUUCUGUGGCGCCGCUGACAGCGACGAGGAGGAGCUGGAAGCCGCUACCGGGCCAUCGGGGGGUUCCGAGGCGGGUGCGGGGACGAGCGGCAGCGAUGCUGCUUCUGACGAGGAGGGUGACGAGGCGGCGAGCGAGGGCGCGCCUGAGCCCGACCCUGGCAUGCAGCAUGCCUCCCAGACCGCCGAGGUGUCGGACACAGGGCGCCUCUUCGUGCGCAACCUGCCCUACGCCGCCACGGACGAUGAAUUGAGGGAGCUAUUCACUGCCUAUGGCGAGGUGGAGGAGGUCCACAUCGUCAAGGACAGGGCUACACGGCAGAGCAAGGGCUUUGCGCACGUGCUGUUCAGCUCGCCCGCAGCAGCGGUUGCAGCGCAGGCGGGCGCCGAUGGCGCCAUCUUCCAGGGCAGGCUCCUCCACGUCCUGCCCGGCAGGCCAGCCCCCAAGACAGAGGAGGAGGGUCCCAGCGAUGCCAAGUCCUUCAAGGAGGAACGGGCGCGAAGCCUGAAGGCCGGCGCGGGGACCAACCGCGCCGCCUGGAACUCGCUGUUUGUCAGGCCCGACACGGUGGCCGAGGCGGUGGCCGCCCACUUUGGCAUCACCAAGUCGGCCCUGCUGGACCGGGAGUCCUCGGAUGUGGCGGUGCGCAUGGCCCUGGGGGAGGCCCAGGUGUUUGCCGCCACCAAGGCCGCGCUGUCCGACGCAGGUGUGGACGUGGAUGCCCUGGAGGCAGCCGCCGCAGCAGCAGGAAAGCAGGAUAAGGGGCCCGAUGUGGCCCGCAGCGAUCGAGCUAUCCUCAUCAAGAAUUUACCCUGGUCGACGAGCGAAGAUGAGCUGCAGUCCCUCUUUGCGGAGAGCGGUGAGGUUGCCCGAUUCGUGCUGCCAGACACCAAGGCCCUGGCCGUCAUCGAGUUCGAGGACGCCUCGGACGCCAAGCGCGCCUUCAGGCGCCUGGCGUACAAGCCCUACCACCACGUGCCGCUGUACCUGGAGUGGGCCCCGCGCUCCAUAUUCUCCGGAACCCCCAAGCCAAAGGCUGCCAAGGUCUUCGAGGCCAAGGCGGUGCCAGCUGCGACGCUCACCACCAGCCCCGCCAUAAAGCCCGAGGCUGGGCUGCAGGCGACGGCGGCGGCGGCAGUGCUUCCGGAAGACACGGAGGCCGACUCGGUCAGCAUCUACGUGAAGAAUCUGGCCUGGGCCACGACCGACAAGGGCUUGCAUGCCCACUUUGCAGCUGCUGCGGAGGCCAAGGGCGCUGCCCUGCGGAGCGCUCGUGUGGCCAGGAAGGCGGGGCCGGACGGCAAGCCCCUCUCUGCGGGCUACGGGUUUGUGGAGUGUGCCACGGAGGCGGCCGCCAGGGAACUCAUUGGAGCGCUUCAGGGCUCGGUUCUGGAUGGCCACAAGCUGAUGCUGCAGCUUUCUCAGAAGCGAGACGCCCAGGAGGGCAAGGGGGGUGUGCCCGCCAACCUUGGGACCAAGAUCGUCGUCCGAAAUGUGGCAUUUGAGGCCACCCGCAAGGACGUGCUCGGGCUCUUCUCCUCCUUCGGGGACGUGAAGAGCUGCAGGCUGCCACGUAAAUUUGAUGGCACCCACAGGCGCAACUAUAACCGGAAGGGCUCCUACUUUGAUAACGGCAUGAGCAAUGAGGAGCUGCGCAAGAUGUUCUCAUCUGAGCGUGUGGAUCAGGUGCUGAAGCAGAACGAAGGCAAGAGCCUGGACUUCAACUCCUUUGUCAAGCAGCUGCAAGGCAACCCCGGGGACAAGAAGUGA